GAGGAGGUGGAGGCACUGCUCAGCGCGGGUGAGGCGGUGGGUUUCAAGCAGUCGGCGAUUAGGAACCGCGGCACACUCGCUUCCAACGACACCCGGCGCACCAGCACGAGCGCCUUUCUGCCAGAGCGCAAGCCGGGCGGCAGGAGCAGCGCGGACGCGGACCCGAUUGAGCGGUUCGUGCGGAGGGUGGAGGAGAUUACGGGCAUCACACGCGAGCGGCACGAGCGGAUGCAGGUGGUGCGGUACGAGGCGGGCCAGUUUUACCGGCCGCACCACGACUCGUCGCCCUUCUCCAUCAACCGAUCAGUGCACAACCGGGUGGGUGCCGGUCGCAUCCUCACCGCAUUCCUCUACCUCAGCGACGUGGCCGAGGGUGGCCGGACGCGCUUCCCAAAGGUGCCCGACGACGCGGCGCGAACCAAAAAGCCUGCGCGGGCGCCAUUCCUGAGCUUCCAGCCUCGCCGGGGCACGCUGCUGCUCUGGCCCAACGCGCUGGACGACGACCCGUGGACCAACAACGCGUUCGCGGAGCACGAGGCGAUGGCGGUCGACGAGGGCGUUAAGUACGGUGCCAACCUUUGGCUGCUGCAGUACCCCGACGCGCUCGUCAUCAAAUCAUGGGGGCUGGGCAAAUGA